AUGCGCGGCCUGCCCCCGGCGCGCCCGCGCCCCGCCAGCGGCGGCGGCGGCGGCAGAGGCGCAGGCUGCCCCGGGGGCGGCGCGGGCACCAGCCGCAGACCCAAGCCCGACCUCGACCUCAUCGAGAGGGCCUCCUCCAUCGAGGACCACUGCCUGCAGACAAUAUACGUGAAGGACAUCCCAGAACUGCAGCCACAGACGGAAACCUCGAGAAAGUGCACGACCCGGGUCGUCUCCUCGCCUGGCCUCGACCGGAAGCUGCCCAACGGUGACGUAGUUCCGGAGCGGCUGACCGAGGACGUGGUGGCGCGACGCGCCGACAGGGACCGCGUGCUGGAGCUGGACUACAAGCAGUGGCUGGCGCUGUGCGGGCUGCUGAUCGUGGCGGCGGCGCUGGGCGUCGGCGUCGGCGUCCCGCUGGCGCUGGAGCUGCGGUCGUCGAGGCUGCUGGAGGCGCGGCUGCAGGUGGUGCGGCGCAUCCUGCGAGAGGUGCCGCUCGUCGACGGGCACAACGACCUGCCGUGGAACCUGCGCAAGUUCCUGCACAACCAGCUGCGCGACUUCCGGUUCACGGACGACCUGCGCCAGGUGGAGCCCUGGAACAAGAGCCCCUGGUCGCACACCGACCUGCACCGCCUCAAGCAGGGCAUGGUCGGCGCCCAGUUCUGGUCGGCGUACGUGCCGUGCGGCUCGCAGUACCUGGACUCGGUGCAGCUGACGCUGGAGCAGAUCGACGUCAUCCGCCGCCUCGUCGACAAGUACCCGGCUCACAUGCAGCUCGUCACCACCGCGCAGGGUAUCGAGGAGGCGCACCGCGCCGGCAAGGUGGCCAGCCUGAUCGGCGUGGAGGGCGGGCACGCUUUGGGCAGCUCCCUGGCGGUGCUGCGCAUGUUCUACCAGCUGGGUGCGCGCUACGUCACGCUCACGCACGCCUGCAACACGCCUUGGGCAGACUCGUCACUGGUUGACGAACCGAGCGAGUCCGUGCCCGCAGACCACUCCAGCCGCGGGGGCCUCACCAGCUUCGGAAAGCUGGUGGUGCGCGAGAUGAACCGGCUGGGCAUGAUGGUGGACCUGUCGCACGUGUCGGUGCGCACGAUGGCCGACGCGCUCGAGGUGACGCAGGCUCCCGUCAUCUUCUCGCACUCGUCCGCGCUCGCGCUCUGCAACUCGUCUCGCAACGUGCCCGACGACGUGCUCCGGAAGCUGGCCAUCAACGGCGGCAUCGUGAUGGUGAGCUUCUUCAACAACUUCCUCAGCUGUUCCGACAGCGCGUCGCUGCAUGACGUCAUCGCGCACAUCAACCACAUCCGCGCCGUUGCGGGUGUCAACCACGUGGGGCUGGGUGCCGGCUACGACGGCAUCAACCUGACGCCGGAGGGCCUGGAGGACGUGUCUCGGUACCCCCUGCUGCUGGCGGAACUGGCCAGGGACCGGCUGUGGAGCGCCUCCGACAUCAAGAAGCUGGCCGGCGCCAACCUCGUCAGGGUCUUCCGGGAGGUCGAGAAGGUGCGCGCCGACUGGUCGGAGGGAGGCCCCACCGAGGACUGGAUCUCCAUGGAUGACCUGGACGGCAAGACCUACUGCCGCUACCCCGGCACCUGACGCGCCGGCCGCCGCCCCCGCCCCCAGCCCCCGGCCGCCGCCCCCGGGGGCAGCUCGGACCAAAGUGCCGCCAGCCGGACACACUGCCGAGUGCUGCGAAGCGAAGCGACCGUGUCUGCCGAUCGGCGGCCACUCGAACCUCGAAACACUGUCGACUCUUGCAAUCUUCCAACACGAAUUUGUACACACGUACACUCACUGCCAUAUUUUACAGAAAAAUUCCAAGUGAUAUUCAUUUAGGUAACAAUAGGUUCACGAUAUAGCGUCUGCUGCGAAAUAGCACGCACCAGAGGACUGUAAACAAACGCCAAAAAAUUUGGACACACCCUCUGUGCCAUGUCACAGCAAACAUCACUGAUCACAUCUCGUCGAUGCACAAUACACGGUAACUUUGAGCUUUGAGCGCUCGUCUCCUUUAACACGUGCGGUGUAUCCUUUUGUUGUUGUUUGCAUUGUGGAGUUUACGAACGAAAUAAACGAUGUACAGUAACGUUACCAUUGUUUAGUAAAUGAUCAACAUGCAGUC